AUGGACUUAAUUCGGCGUUACCUCUCUUCUUCAAAUGAGAUUAACGAGGACGCUGGUGUGAAUGCCAUUGAGAUCCUGGUCGAGCGUCUUCAAACUGCAACUCGAGCCGAAGACCGUCGCGAUUCUAUGCGUGGAAUCAAGGCACUCUCUAAACGCUACAGAUUAGAGGUUGGAACUCAAGCCAUGUCAGCUUGUGUUGAGGCUCUUUCUCGUGAUAGUGAAGACACGGAUACCGUCUCAUAUGCCAUGGAUACUCUUUGUAACAUAAUGAAUGAUUCGCGAACUGACGUGGAUCCACAAGUCCUUGUCAAUAUUCCUCCUGAUCUGGGCAAGCAGUUCACUGAGAUUUUUGUCAAGGAUCACGAAAAUGUUCACUUAGUACUUUCAUUCCUAUCUUCCUACGAUAUGCAUUUGAGAAGACAAACCAUUCAUUUGCUGAUUCUGUUGCUGCAAAACAAUAGGAAGACUGUCCAGGACUUGCUUCUCAACUCACCGAUGGCUGUGUCUAAAUUUAUGGCUACACUAAGUGAUCCUAUGGAGGUCAUCAGGAAUGAUGGUCUUCUUCUCUUGUUCUACUUCACGAAACACCACGCAACUAUUCAGAAGAUUGUGGCUUUUGAAAAUGUGUUUGAGCGUGUCAUAUCCAUCGUAGAGACUGAGACUGUUGGAGAAGGAGGUGUAGUCGUUGAAGACUGCUUCCGUCUACUUCAUCAACUUCUAGUUGGAAAUCAGCAGAAUCAAAUACUCUUUAAAGAUGGUAGAUUUGUUCAAAGGUUGGCAAAGCUCUUCGAAUUUAUUCCCGAGGAGUUAGAAGAGGCUUCGACGUGGUCAGCACAGAAGCUGGUCAAUGUUAGUUGGUUGCUUAAGAUCUUCAGGGCUUUGGUGAGUCCCAGCAAUAAGAGCCAAUGUGUCAAAAGCUGCCAAUCAGAAAUGGAAGCUUGUGGUCUUCUGAAUAGUCUUUGGAAGGUUGUUAUGGCUGGUGGGGUUCCAGCCGAGCUCCUUACUGAAACCCUCUACAGUCUUGGUGAACUAGUUCGAGGCUGCCCUACAAGUCAAGAGUCUCUGGUUAGUAUGGUAGCGCCUUCAACACCACCCCAACCUGCCAUUACUGUUCUCCUUGUUACUAUGGUGAAUGAUAGGCAACAAUUACCUGUUCGUUUGGCUGUGCUGUAUUGUUUUCAAUGCCUUCUAGCAGAUAAUAAGGAUAUUCAAAGUGCUGUGGUUUCUACGCUAUUGCCAAAGGAUACUGAACGUAAGUCUCUACUUGAGUUAAACCACUUAUCUAUUACCCUUUUCUGCCGAUUUUUCCCCCCAAUAACAGACGAAUCUACAGUAAUGAGCGCCGGACAGCUGCUCUGUGGUGGUCUUUUCUCUCAAGACGGGCUAGCAGCGUGGUUUUCUGCAAUCGCCUUAUUCCAUUCCAUUCAUCAUAAUCGUGCCCUCAAAGAAUCCCUACUCCAAGUUCACAUGGCUCCUUCCUCGGGCAGUGGACCCCCGGUUACUCUCAUGCAACAAUGCUUCCGUCUCAUUUGCCAAUCGGGUCGCAUUCAAGGGAAGAUCGGUUUGUUGCAAUUCCUUUGCGCUUGGCUUGCCCACUGUCCGCCUGCGGUUGAAGCCUUUCUCACUCUUCGUCCCUCAUCGUCGUCCACUAACUCGGCCAAUUCCGUCUCAACCACUUCGAAUAAAAGUAACGGUGCUGGGGCUGGGGCUGCUCUAUCACAUCUUAUUGCAGAUGUGCUAUCGGGAGAGUCAGAGGAAAGUGCUAUUGUCAGCUGUCUCUCGGCCCUUUUGAUAGGCAUCUGUGUCUGCUAUAAUAAUGGAGCUGUGGAAGACUAUGACUGCAAAUCCCUCAUGAAAAUAAUUGACAAACGCAUUGGUAUUGAUGAUCUAGUGAAACGCAUUGGACAGGCCUACCGCUCGGAUGAGUUUGUUCGAGUUAUUCAACAACCUGUUCUAGAAGCUAAUAAACCCUCUGAUUUGGUUUUUGACUAUGACUUCACACAGCUCUUCAAAUCUGUUGAAUUUGAAGUAUGUUCCUUCUUGACUCAUCAAAAUGACCCUUUAUCUGAAACACUUGAAUCUACUUCUCGCAAUAAUGGUCAAGAUCCAGAAGGAGAUAAACGCUUUGCCCAGCAACAAGAACUUCUUAUAGCUUACCAAAGAGCUGUAGCCGAGCGUGAUGCCGCUCUACAACAUCUCCAACUCCGAGUUAUUGAAUUAGAGCGUCAAUUGAAUUGUGCUAAUCGAAAUGGUGCAUCUGGUGCCAAUACUGAUUCAGCAGCUAAUAUAGAAGUACAACAAUCUUUGGACCUUCAAGAAGCAUUGAAAAUUGCUAAUGAUGAAAAGGAGAGCAUCAAGUCAGAACAUGAGGAUCUUCUUCUACUGCUAAGUGAUCAAGAAUCCCAAAUUAGUCGUCUUUCAGCUGAUUUAGAAAAGCUAUCCACUCAACAUCAGCAGGAGCCACCUCAACAAGUGUCGUUAACUUCCUCGCCAGAUGUUCAAUCGACGCAAUCACCUCAACCCGUGGUUUCAACGGACCCAGUGUUCGUCCCAUUAUCAAAUUCUGAUAGUGUUCUCCAGUAUCCACCUCUCUAUUCCUACGAUUACCAGCAAAUGCAGCUGCAUGGACAGCAGUCAUUUGAAUAUCCUCAUUACUACCAACCAGUCCCCCACGGCAAUUCUUAA